AUGCGCGCCUCGAUCGCUCGCUGUGGCGUCCUAUCGGGAUCGUCCCAAAUCUCUCGUUCACUGCUUCAGAGGUCAUGGCAGACCGGGAGAAGGUGUUACAGUAUCAAGCCUGAAGCAGCUUCUACCUCCAAGCCUCAAGAUGUCGACGCCUCCAAGCUCGUCAUAGAAAAGACCAAGACCCCAAGCAAACUCAAGGACAAUAAGGAGCUCAUCUUUGGCCAGACAUUUACAGACCACAUGCUGUCGAUCGAGUGGAACAAGAACUCGGGCUGGCUGAACCCACAAAUUACUCCCUACCAGAACCUCGCCCUCGACCCGGCGACCUGUGUUUUCCACUACGCCUUUUGUGCCUUCGAGGGAAUGAAGGCCUACAAGGACGCGCAGGGCAGGAUCCGACUCUUCCGGCCCGACAAGAACAUGGAGCGCUUCAACAACUCAGCCGCGCGUAUCGCCCUGCCGACCUUCUCCUCCACCGCCAUGAUCGAGCUGAUCGCAAAGUUCGCCAAGCUUGAGGAGCGCUUCAUCCCCAGCGAGCACGGGUACUCGCUGUACAUCCGCCCCACCAUCAUCGGCACCCAGAAGACCCUGGGCGUCGGCCCACCCGGCUCCGCGCUGCUGUACGUGAUCGCCAGCCCCGUGGGUCCUUACUACCCCACCGGCUUCAAGGCCAUCUCCCUCGAGGCGACCGACUACGCUGUGCGCGCGUGGCCCGGUGGUGUGGGUGACAAGAAGCUUGGCGCCAACUACGCGCCGUGCAUCGUGCCGCAGCGCGAGGCGGCGAGCCGCGGUUUCCAGCAGAACCUGUGGCUCUUUGGAGAGGAGGAGUACGUGACCGAGGUGGGCACAAUGAACAUGUUUGUGGCUCUCAAGAACAAGGAGACGGGCCAGAAGGAGCUGGUCACCGCGCCGCUGGACGGAACCAUCCUGACGGGCGUCACGCGCGACAGCAUCCUGUCCCUGGCGAGGGACAAGCUCGCGCCCGAGGGCUGGAUGAUCAGCGAGAGGAAGUACACGAUGAAGGAGCUCGCGGAGGCGUCGGCUGAGGGCAGACUCCUGGAGGCGUUCGGCGCUGGCACGGCGGCCAUUGUGGCACCGGUGAGGACCAUCUCCUGGAAGGGCCAGCUCGUGGACUGUGGGCUGUCGGAGCACGAGGAGUCGGGUGAGGUGGCUACGAGGAUGAAGCAGUGGAUUGAGGCGAGACAGUACGGCGAGGAGGAGCACGAGUGGAGUCAUAUCUGCGAAUAGAUCAUGAGAUGAUAGAAAUUAGGCGUCUUGGAAAAAAUAGACAAAAUGGUAACUCUUGGCAG